CAAAUAUCACCACAUUCAGAGUCUCCUGUAAAGCCUGUAGUGAGAAUGAACACCACCCCAUCUGAUCUCCCCUCCUCUCCCAGGCCCUCACUGUUCACCUGUCAAUCAACCUCCUCACUUCCUUUCCCAGGAAAACAAGAAUGAGCCUCCAGGACCCAGACCCCUUCCACUGCUUGGAAACCUGCUGCAACUGGACCUGAAAAGACCCUACAACACUUUAACAGAGAUGUCUAAGAAAUAUGGACCUGUGUUCACGGUCUAUUUGGGACCUAAAAAAGUGGUGGUCCUGGCAGGAUAUAAGACAGUGAAGGAGGCACUUGUGAACCAAGCUGAUGAGUUUGGAGAGAGAGAUUCACUGGCUAUAGUAAAUGAUACUUACAGUGAACAUGGGGUUUUAUGGUCCAACGGAGAAUCAUGGAAAGAGAUGAGACGUUUUACUCUGACAAACCUGAGGGAUUAUGGGAUGGGCAAAAAGGCAUGUGAGGACAAAAUCAUCGAGGAGUGUCAGUAUCUUAUUGAAGUGUUUAAGGAAUUCAAAGGACAAGCUUUUGAUACAACCCAACCAAUUAACUACGCAGUCUCUAACAUCAUCUGCUCCAUGGUUUAUGGAAGCAGAUUCGAGUAUGAUGACCCACAGUUUACAUCUAUGGUAGAUCGAACAACUAGAAGAAUCCAACUUGCUGGCUCUCCAUCAAUGCAGCUGUACAACCUGUUUCCACGGAUGACCAAAUGGAUCAGUGACAGAAAGGAAUAUUUGAAAAUAUUUGACCUUAUUGCAAAAGAAAACUUGGCCCUGUUAAACCGCCUGAAGGAGACUCUAAAUCCACAGAUGUGCAGGGGGUUGGUGGAUGCAUUUAUGGUCAAACAGCAACAGCUGGAGGAAUCUGGGAGCACCAACAGUCACUUUCACAAUGAUAACCUAGUGAUAACAGUCCUUAAUCUGUUCGGCGCUGGUACUGAAACAACAUCCACCACUCUCAGAUGGGGGCUGAUGCUAAUGGUCAAAUAUCCAAAGAUACAGGACCAGGUCCAGGAGGAGAUCAGCAGGGUGAUAGGGACUCGUCAGGUGCAGGUUGAGGACAGGAAGAACCUUCCUUUCACUGACGCCGUCAUCCAUGAGACUCAGAGACUGGCCAAUAUCGUCCCCAUGGCGCUUCCCCAUAAAACAAGUGAGGACGUCACCUUCCAGGGUUACUUCAUUAAGAAGGGAACCACAGUUUAUCCUCUGUUGACUUCUGUCUUAUAUGAUGAGAGUGAGUGGGAGAAACCGUACAGCUUCAAUCCAGCUCACUUCCUGGAUAAAGAUGGAAAGUUUGUGAAGCGAGACGCCUUCAUGCCUUUUUCUGCAGGUCGUAGGAUUUGUCUGGGUGAGAGUCUGGCCAGGAUGGAGCUCUUCCUCUUCUUCACCUCCAUCCUGCAGCACUUUCGUUUCACUCCUCCACCUGGAGUUAAAGAGGAAGACCUGGAUCUGACUCCACAAGUCGGCUUCACUCUCAGCCCUUCUCUGCACAAAAUUUGUGCAGUUUGUCGUAUGUGA